GAAAGAAAAAACUCAUAAGGAUCAAAGCAAUUGUUGAGAAGGGCGCCCACACUCGUAAGAAUCAUAAAUCUGAUUUGUUUUCUUUCCAUUGAAGAAGAAGAAUGCAAGAAGGAAAUCAAGUAGAAGAGAAAAUGUCGAGAGAAAAAUCCAGACGGGCAAAUCUUCCUCCUGUUCAAGAGAAUAUUGAUAAAUUAGAAAAAGUUAUAAAAGAUGGUAAUCACUAUGGAGCUCAACAGAUGUACAAGUCUAUAAGUUACCGAUAUGUCUCUGCUGAGCGAUAUUCUGAGGCCUUGGAUCUGCUUCAUUCAGGUGCAUGCCUCCAAUUGAAGCAUGGGGAGGUUACUUGUGGGUCCGAACUUGCGGUCAUGUUUGUCGAUGCCCUUGUCAAAGGGAAAAUUCCUUGUGAGGAAGAGAUCCUGGACCGUAUUCGGAAAAUCUACAAGCUGUUUCCACAGAUUCCUGUGGCUAGUAACUUAGCAGUUGAUGAUGAUGUUCAACAACUUACUGAAGCUAUCGGGGAGGCAAAAGCACGUCUCCAGGGCUGCUCAUCAUUCUUAAAAGCUGCUAUAAAGUGGUCUGCAGAGUUUGGUGAUCAAAAGAAUGGUGAUCCGCAACUGCACACUAUGUUGGCCGAAUACAUAUAUUCUGAAUCUCCUGAAGUGGACAUGGCGAAAGUGUCGUAUCAUUUUGUUCGAGGAAACAAUAUAAAGAAAUUUGCAGCUACUUUAGUAAAUUUUAUGAGCAAGUGUUAUCCCGGUGAAGAUGAUAUAGCCAUUGCAGAAGCCAUUCUUAUGUAUUUAUCUUUGGGUAACCUUAAAGAUGCUAAUUCCCUUAUGGAUGAAUUGAGGAAACAAGUGCAAACCCAGGAGAUGGAUUUUCCUAUAUCAGAUUUGAUUCAGUUUAUCAAUUUACUUUUGCUAACGUUGGAAAAAGAGACUUUGGCUCUUUUUACUGCAAUGAGAGUGAAGUACAACGAUAGCAUUGAUCGGAAACCCGCGUUCAAUGAGCUGCUGGAAGAAAUUGCAGAAAAGUUCUAUGGGGUACAGCGUAGAAAUCCGAUCGAAGAUAUGUUCGGCGACAUGCUCAAGAUGAUGUGAUGGAUAAUAAACAUGGCAUCGGGUUGAAUCUGUCAGUGGAUCCGGAAUGCAGGUUUGGUUGUGCCUUGGUUUCCAAAUUCCUGAUUGAUUUAGUACU